AUGAAGACUACCCUCAUCCUUCUUUCCGUCGUUGCCGUCGCAGUCUUCGCUCAGCCACCACCAAGUGGACCAGGCGGACAACAGAAUGGAUUAGGGCCACAAGGAGGAACAACUGCAGCUUCAGGACAACCACAACCACCACAACCAGGACAACCAGGAGGGCAACAAACUGGUUCAGGACCAGGAGCCGGACAACAACCGGGACAAGGACAAGGAGGAAACGGUGGAAUGGGUGGACAGCAAGGUGGACAACCAGGACAAGGAAAUGGUGGUAUGGGAGGAGGACAACAAGGGGGAAAUCAAGGAAAUAACCCAGGAAACUUUGGAAAGUAA